AUGGUCGACCCGAAUGCGGGCCUGACAGCGGAAGGGGAAGUGCGGGACGACCAGGCGCACUCGUCGCCGGCGUCCUCUGUGUGCCCCCCGACCGCGGACGCACCAGAAGCACCAGAGGCAUUUGGUGAAGAAAGAGAAGGGCAGCAGCAACAUGGCGCGUCGCCGCCGAGUCAAGACCAGCACGACGAGAACGACUGCACGCCCCGCUCCGAGGUGCCUUCCGUGCCAGAGGCCCUCAACGCCAGCCUCUUAUCGCAGAUACACACGCUCGACCCAGAGCCCUCGUACUUCUCUCCACAACCCCUCCGAAUCUACUCGUCGCCCAUCCCCCGCGACACGCCCGCGUCCUCGAACCCCUCGCCCAGCACGAGCGCCCACGCCUCGCAGGCCUCGCUCUCCACCGUCAACGAGGCCGCGCCCGCCGCUGCACCUGCCCCCGACCGCCCGGCUUUCAUGCGAGACCUCUCGAGCGCUUCGACGGCCAGCAACGUGACGGUGCGGGCCAACUCAGUCGACCCCAUUCACCCCUACGCUCUCCCUCCCCGCCACCGCGAUGGGCCCGUCUACCCCAACCAGUCCUAUGCUGCCCUCCACCUGCAGCAGUACCCCCAGCCCUAUGUCCCGCCCAUCGUCCGCUCCCGCAGCUCCCACCCCUCACACUCGGCCGCCAACUCGCUGUCCAGCCUCGGCGCCUUCGGCCUCUCCCACGAGCACUACAGGGACAUUAUGGAGUCGGCCCCACGCACUGUUGGCAACUCACCGGUGAGCAGCCCUGGCCUCUUCAACCCCACCACCCGCCGCCCUUCCCAGGAGCCCGACCAGCCCGACGACGGCACCUAUUCCACGCCCUGGCUCCACCAUACCCACCGCCAGGCGCCCAAGGAGACCCACAUUGCCGAUGUCCAGGCCGAUCCCGUCUCCGGACGCAAGAUUGUGAACCAGUACGAGAUCAUCGACGAGCUUGGCCGAGGUGUUCACGGCAAGGUCAAGCUGGGCAAGGACCUGGUGCACGGCCGCUACGUCGCCAUCAAGAUCGUCGACCGCUACUCCAAACGUCGCCGCCUCGGCAAGAACAACAGCCACGAAGAUAAGAUCAAGCGCGAGAUAGCCAUCCUCAAAAAGGCCCGCCACCCCAACAUUGUCAGCUUGCUCGAGGUUAUAGAUGACCCAGCUAAGAAGAAGGUCUAUAUCGUACUCGAGCACGUCGAGCUGGGCGAGGUCAAGUGGCGGACUGAGGGUGCCAGGGAGAUCUGCCUCGUCGAAUGGCGUCGCUUCAAGCGCGAGUCCCAGGGCAUCUUCGACAAUGACAGUGCAACAUUAGAAGACGAAAGGAUCAUCCGCAUCGCCCACCAGAAGCUUGCCCGCCAGCAACGUCGCAUGGCCAGAGAGGCACACCUACGUCGGAAAGACGGCUCCUCCAACCAACCCUGGAGCUUGGAGUUUGCAACCGACUCUGAAGACGAGGGCUCCGACAACGGACGUAGCUCGCAAGCAUCCCAUCUAGAAGACGAGCGUCCGCACAGCCGCGUCCAGUUUCGCGAGCGAUCAGACGUCGCAGGCCACCACGAAGACCACAUGGAGACCGCUUUCCGAUCGCCUGAGCCGGUGAACAACUCUUGGGCCGACGGGCUUGAGGGAACCAUGUACGGCCCUUACGACACGGAGCUCAUCCGAGGCCGCGUACCUAGCGUUGCUGGCAGCUCCUCGUCACGUGUGACCGACUCUGGCGAAGAGAUCCCUGAACACUUCAAUUACGUCCCUCUGAUGACUAUGCAUGCAGCUUGGGAAGCCUUCAAGGACACUGUCUUGGGUAUAGAAUACCUGCACUAUCAGAACGUCAUCCAUCGAGACAUCAAACCUGCCAAUCUUCUUGUAACCAGGGAGCAUCGCAUCAAGAUAUCUGACUUUGGUGUGUCGUACUUGGGACGGCAAAAGACUGAUGAGAGCAACGGCGAACACUCUGAGUCAGACUACCAGGAGGUCGACGAAGCUAUUGAGCUGGCGAAGACUGUGGGAACCCCGGCCUUCUACGCCCCCGAGCUCUGCCGUACAGAGAUUGACGCAGAGACUCCCCUCAUCGACGGCGGGAUCGAUAUCUGGGCUCUCGGCGUCACGCUGUACUGCCUUAUCUACGGGCGCGUGCCUUUUCACGACACAAACACAUUCACGCUGAUGAAGGUCAUCAGCGAAGACGAGCCCUACAUCCCUAGGUAUCGGCUGAAACCCGUCGCUGAGCAAUCAAACUCGCGGCCCAACUCACACGGACGCAACAGUCAGCCAAUGACGAGCACCAAGAGAGCACCGCAUGAUCUCGAAUACGAAGAGGUUGAUGAAAACUUACGUGACCUACUGCGACGAUUGCUGAUCAAGGAUGCGCGACGUCGCAUCACUAUACCAGAGAUCAAGCGCCACCCGUGGCUGCUAUCCGGUAUUCCCAACCACAUCUCAUGGGCAGAAGAGACAGACCCUAGCAAGUCCUAUGAUGGAAGAAGGAUUCAGAUUUCCAAAGAGGAUGUCGAAGAGGCUGUUGUCCCUAUUGGUUUCGUCGACCGCCUCCGCUCAGCCGCUAAGAAGACGUCCGAGUUUGUCAAAGGUUUCACAACUCGCAGUUCAGGUUCAAGGCGCCGUGCGCAGAGCUCAGCUACCAACCAGGACGCGCCCCCCAACAUCAGCGCAAACUCUUCGAGUAGUACCAUCAGUCAAGACGCCCGGCCCUAUGAAGGCCGACGUGGCAGUCUAGCACCCGGUGCUAUCCUAGAGAUUCUGACUCGCUCGCGUGAAGCUGAGCAUCCGCUCUCUCACAGUGUUACAGCGAGUCCGGAGGCGAGAGAACGGUCGAGGUACUUUGACAGUCCCAACUCCCGUACUGCAUCACCCGCCCAGAUGCUCGAGAGCCAACAGCAACAGCGACCGCAAAUGCAGGACCGCGCCAUAUCUUCCAUAAGCACCAUUCGUCAAGCGGAUCUGGUUCCCGGUCGAACCGGAUCUCCAGGUUUUCCUCCAGCUCUACCUGGUACCCCAACGGCUCUAGACACACCUGGUGGCUCACAGUUGGGUGGUCUAUUUGGUGGUCUGCCAAGGCGUGUGGUCAACAGCAUGAGAAGCAGAGACAAGUUGAAGCCCCCAAAAGAACAUAGCCGCGCGAGGUCAAUCGAUAGACUCGUUGGUGGGGACGACGAUGCCCAUGGCGUCCCAAGCCUGGCAAUCAGCACUACAUGUGCUUCCGGCCAAGUCAAUCAACCUGACGCCCUAAAAGACAUGUCUCCCAUUGCUCGAAGCUCAUCGCCUAGCCAUUCAGAAGCUCAGUCUUUUGAACGUCUUGACCCCUCGUCGCGGCAAUCCUCAUUGUCGUCACUGUCCUCCCGCCUGCAUCGAAACUGGGCGACCGCAAACAGUCAAGAAGUUGGACCCACCCUUGGGAUGGCGCCCGAUUCUAGACGAUCAUCGCAACUGCUUCAAGCCGGCGAUCAAAGACCCUCCAGCCCUACCUCGAUCGCACGAAAGAAGUCAGAUGACCGUUUUGAUCGCGCGAAGGAUGAGUACCGUCGACGACUCGGAGUGGAACAGUCAGCAGCCCGUGAGCGAACCGAUUCUAUUACACGAUCACGGCCUACAUCUUCUCAUGCACAGACUGCAUGUCCACCAAGUCCAGAUGAUGAGAUAGUCUUCAGUCAACAUAACAAUCGAGAAAGCUGGCACCGAAACGAUCAGUCCUCUGAGAAUAGCCCUCUUGGUGGAUCAAGCCGCGGGUUGGCUCUUUCCUCUUCCGAGGAUCAAUUCUCUGCCAUGUCACAAUCCGAAUCGAACCCAUCAAUUCCCUCGGUCGCGUCGGCCGGCUCCCCAACUCAAGUUGGUUGCGGUUCCUUUGAUGAACACUCCUGGAUCUCCGCAGCGUCAGCUAAUCACCUCGAGGCCUCUAUCGAUGACGCUGCUGGCUACGAUGGCGACCACGCUGUUGAAAGCGACGACGAUUCAGAGAGCGACGACGGAAUGGUCCUGAACUUCAGCAGCAAGAAGAGGUCUGUCGCGUCAUCAUCGCAACGAAGCAACUCCGUUUCCAAUGGCGAACUUGCUCGUGCCAGCAUUCAUGUCCGGCGAUCCACUCGCAGUGGAAGCAACGGAACAGUCAAGAAGAUUCCUCCACCCGAGCUAGAGCCAGCGGACAAUCGUACAGCUGAAUCGCAAUAA